CUUCAUGUUCAAAACCUACUAGAAAAAAAAAACCAUGAAAGGGAAAGAAACCAUCAAAACCAAAAAUGUUACUACUACUAUUCAUAAAUCUCUCUUUCCACCAUUUGUCAUUAAUAACAAAUUAAGCAUAGGUACAUUUUUCCCUUUAGCUGUCACCUUUUUCCAUUUAUAAAACCUCAAUCAAAAAAUCUCAAAUCAUUUCCCAUUAAUCACACACACAAAAAAAAAUGCAGUCGAACCACUGGGGUGGUUCAUUAGAAAUAGCAACAACAGAAGAUGAUAAUCGGAGUCAUAAUUUAUAUGACUCCGAUAGAGCAUCCAUCAACGAUUACUACGAUCAUAGUAAUCGUAGCUUGGAUCAAACACAACAAAGUUGGUUAUUAGGUCCACCUGAGAAGAAGAAGAAGAAAUACGUGGAUUUAGGAUGUAUUAUUUGUAGUAAAAAAGCAUUGAAAUAUAGUUUUUAUGCUAUGGUUAUGUUACUUCUUGUAAUUGGACUUCCAACGAUUGUUGUGAAGUUUUGGCCGAAGCAUAAACCACCACCUAUCCCGCAGGAUGAUUACACUUUUGCCCUUCAUAAAGCUCUAAGAUUCUUCAAUGCCCAAAAAUCUGGGAAAUUGCCAAAGAGCAAUGGGAUCCCAUGGAGAGGGAACUCAGGUUUACAAGAUGGAUCAACACUUACAGAUGUUAAAGGUGGAUUGGUUGGAGGGUACUAUGAUGCUGGUGACAACAUAAAAUUCCACUUUCCAAUGUCAUUUGCAAUGACCAUGUUGAGUUGGAGUGUGAUUGAAUAUGAACACAAGUACAGAGCUAUUGGUGAAUAUGAUAACAUCACAGAACUCAUCAAAUGGGGUACUGAUUACUUGCUUCGUACUUUCAACUCUUCUGCAACUAGAAUUGACAAAAUUUACUCACAGGUUGGUGGUGCUUUAAAUAAUUCAAGAACGCCCGAUGAUCACUACUGCUGGCAAAGGCCAGAAGACAUGAACUACGAGCGCCCUGUUCAAACAGCUACUCAAGGGCCUGAUCUCGCCGCAGAAAUGGCAGCAGCAUUGGCUGCUGCCUCCAUAGUCUUCCGGGAUAACGCAGAGUAUUCAAGAAAGCUAGUUAAAGGAGCGGAGACAGUCUUUCACUUUGGUCGGGAUGAGGGAAAACGGACUUCAUAUUGCCGUGGUAAUCAAUACAUUGAACCUUUCUACAACUCCACCAACUAUUUCGACGAGGUCAUGUGGGGUUCAGCUUGGUUAUACUACGCUACUGGUAAUAAAACUUAUAUAUCGUUGGCCACUGAUCCUCGAAUAUCUAAGAAUACCAAGGCCCCCUUCAUGAUCCCGGAUUUGAGCGUGUUGAGUUGGGAUAACAAGCUGCCUGCAGCUAUGCUGCUGUUAACUAGGAUGAGGAUAUUCUUGAAUCCGGGCUACCCUUACGAGGAAAUGUUGAGUAACUAUCACAAUUACACUGGCCUUAACAUGUGUUCUUACCUACAGAGGUUCCGCGUCUUCAACUUCACUAAAGGUGGACUGAUCCAGUUGAAUCACGGGCGUGGUCAGCCGUUGCAAUAUGUGGUAAAUGCAGCCUUUUUGGCAUCACUAUUUGUUGAUUACAUGAAUGCCACUGGUGUUCCUGGAUGGUAUUGUGGCAUUAACUUUAUCCCCUUGGAAGAUCUUCGCAGUUUCGCCACUUCCCAGGUGAAUUAUAUUUUAGGUGAAAAUCCCAUGAAGAUGAGCUACAUAGUGGGAUAUGGAAACAAAUUUCCAAGACAUGUUCAUCACAGGGGUGCAUCAAUACCUACAGGUAAAACAAAGUACUCAUGCACUGGAGGUUGGAGAUGGAGAGACACCAAAAAUCCAAACCCUCAUAACAUAACAGGAGCCAUGGUAGGAGGACCUGAUAAAUUUGACAAGUUCAAAGAUUCGCGCUCGAACUUCAGCUAUACAGAGCCAACACUUGCUGGAAAUGCAGGACUUGUUGCUGCAUUAGUUUCUUUAACUGGUAGUGGUGGUUAUGGUGUUGACAAAAAUGCAAUUUUCUCAGGUGUUCCACCUUUAUAUCCAAUGAGUCCACCACCACCUCCACCAUGGAAACCAUAAAUGCGCGAAGAUUCUUGAUGAUUCCAGCUGAAAUUUUGCCUGGUAAAAUGGCUGUCUUCUGUACAAAGUUUUGAGAUUACAGUGUUGUUUUAACUCUAUUUAUCUUGUGACAUUCCGGCAUAAUAAAAUUCUUGCAUUGAUUUUAAAGUGCAUGCA